AAAGCUUGAAUUAUUGAUGAGAGUAAUGGCGUUGCCGUCUGUCUGGAGCGUGAUGCGUGUGGCGAUCCUGUUCAUCUCGGUGGUUGGCCUGCUAAGCGUGAGGCUUGUGGGGGCCGGCCAGGACUCUGGGAGUGUCAUUCCUGCAGAAAGUCGUCCCUGUGUUGACUGCCAUGCGUUUGAGUUCAUGCAGAGGGCGUUGCAGGAUUUAAAGAAGACAGCGUAUAAUCUAGACGCACGGACAGAAACCCUCCUCCUGAGAGCGGAAAAGAGAGGCCUGUGUGAUUGCUUUCGUGCAAUACACUGAAACGAGCACUGGGAUUUGGCCAAUGGACAUUUAUUCAUUUUUAAAAUGCUGUUCAAUAAAUUACAGGAAGAUACGGAGUGCAAAUUGUGCCACAGGGCAAGGAAAACAAUUUUUAUCCUAACAGGUACAGCUCAGUUAGAUCAUUUGUGCUUUGAUGUGUUUUAUUAUUACUGUAUGCGAUAUUGCAUCUGCUGAAAUGUCAACAGAAGAAACAGUGCCAAAGUCUCGCUCAUGGGUUUUAUGUAAGGAUAGCACCUUGCUUUUCUGGUAUUUCAAGCCA